UUCGGUUGAAAAGUCGCUCGCAGCAAAAAUGUUUCCCAGGAUCUGCCCUCGCGCACUCAAACCCUGAUCGCCACACCAGGAACAGUUUCACAAGGACCACUCACUCGAAGCCAUGGUGAAGCAAAGAGGCUGAAAACAACGACAGAUCUGAAGUAUUCACUCAUAUUACAGUUCUGAAGUAUUUUUUGAACAGAGAGCGAUCAGGAUGCCCGUGAAAGGUGGAGGAAGAGUGGCGUAUCCGAGUAAAAGCGAGAAUGUUAGCUCAGGAAUGGAGGAGACGGUUUGGGAGCAGUACACUGUGACUCUACAGCGGGACGCUAAAAUGGGCUUUGGAAUUGCUGUGUCCGGGGGCCGGGACAAUCCUAACGUGGAGAGCGGAGAAACGUCCAUCAUUGUGUCAGACGUGUUGCCAGGGGGACCAGCCGACGGACUGCUCUUUGAGAACGACCGCGUUAUACAGGUCAACAGCAUCCCAAUGGAUAACGUGCCUCAUUCUUUUGCUGUGCAGCAACUACGAAAAUGUGGGAAAGUGGCCAAAAUAACUGUAAAGCGGCCUCGCAAGGUGGCUGUCAGUGUCCUCAAACGGCCCCCGUCCCCGAGUGAGGACAGCCGUGACUACAACAUAUCCAGCUACUACCCUGAGGACAACCGCAGCAUUCACAGUGACCCAGACUCUGAUUACCCCAGGGGAAACGGUGGUCUGGGAAACCCCCGUGACCGAGAGCGUGACCGCAGCCUCGACAAGAGCCGGAUAGACUACCUGGAGCCGGAUUACCGCGGACAGGACUACAACUCCCAGCGGGAGAGGAGCAGAGGUAGGAGCAAGGAGAGAUUGCCCAGCACCGACAGUGGGUACCGCAGGGACGGCAGCCGUGGCCGGACGCUGGAGCGUGGAUCCAGCCCGGAACCUCGCAAUCAAAGGCAGCACAGCAGAGGGCGUGGCGGAGGAGGAAGCCCUGCCGAAAGCUACGGGAGGGACCAGAGAUAUGACACGCGGAGGUAUGACUCUCGUUCGGAUGAGAGGAUGAUCAGGAGCCACAGCAGGGACCGACUCCAGGAUCACUCACCCUCACCCAGCGGAGAUAGACUUAGAGAAAGAGGAAAAGAGCGGCAUAACUAUGAGCCCCUGGAACCACCCAUCAACGUGAUGCUGGUGAAAAACAGGCCCAAUGAAGAGUACGGCCUCCGACUGGGCAGCCAGAUCUUCAUCAAAGAGAUGACCAGCACAGGAUUGGCUUCCAGAGAUGGAAAUCUCCAGGAGGGCGACAUAAUUCUCAAGAUUAAUGGGACUGUCACAGAGAACCUCUCUCUGAGCGAUGCCGGCAAACUGAUUGAGAAAUCAAGGGGCAAACUGCAGCUGGUGGUUCAAAGAGACCACAGACAGAUCCUAGUACGCAUUCCUGCCCUGGCUGACAGUGACUCAGAACCCGAUGAUAUCUCUGAGAUGGAUUCGUACCAUUCCUACUCACCUCAAGAUGACCAAAGGUCACGCCAAUCUGACCUCUCCUCACACUCUUCUAACGAUGUGGCACGAGAGAAUGCCAGGGAGGAUCCUCAAAACAGACCGGCCAAGACGUCUGUAACGUCCUCUCCUUACAAAACUUCAGAGAAGCCACCACCAGCCCAUGAGGAGAGAGUAGAGCCACAGGAAGAAGAACCGCUACCACCACCACCAACACCACCAGCAAUAAAGACGACACCCAAGAUCCUGCUCAGACCCAGCCCAGAGGACGAGGCCAUUUACGGGCCCAACACAGUAAUGGUGAGCUUUCAGAAAGGAGAGAGUGUUGGACUGAGGCUGGCGGGAGGGAAUGAUGUGGGAAUAUUUAUAGCAGGAGUGCAGGAGGGCAGUCCAGCUGAAGAAGAGGGUCUCUGUGUGGGGGAUCAGAUCAUGAAGGUGAAUAACAUUGACUUUCGGGGCAUUGUGCGAGAAGAGGCUGUGCUGUUCUUACUGGAGAUCCCGCGGGGAGAGGUUGUGACAAUUCUGGCACAGAAUAAAACUGAGGUUUAUGAAGAAAUCUUGUUGUCCGGUCGAGGGGACUCGUUUUUCAUCCGCACCCAUUUCGAGUUCGAGAAGGAGCUGCCUCAGGGUCUAGCCUUCUCCCGAGGGGAGAUUUUCAAAGUGGUGGACACCUUAUAUGACGGCAAGUUGGGAAACUGGCUGGCCAUCCGCUUGGGGAAAGACAACAAGCUGCUGGAAAAGGGCAUUAUUCCCAACAAGAGCAGAGCGGAGCAGAUGGCUAAUGUCCAGAACACACAUAAAGGCUCAGGAAGUGACAGGGCUGACUUCUGGAGGCUGCGCGGUCAAAGGGCCGCCAAGAAGAAAGACAUAAGGAAGAGCCGAGAGGAGAGUUCUGUGGCCGUCUCCACCCGAUUCCCCGCUUACGAGAGGGUGUUGCUCAGAGAAGCUGGAUUCAGAAGGCCAGUGGUGCUGUUUGGACCAAUCGCUGAUGCUGCCAGUGACAAACUGGCCACAGAGCUCCCAGAUGAGUUUGUAGUUGCCAGCACAUCAGAAACAGAACCCAAAGACGCAGGGUCAGAAAAAUCGUCUGGUGUGGUUCGUCUCAACACAAUUCGACAGAUCAUCGAACAGGACAAACACGCCCUCCUGGAUAUCACCCCUAAAGCUGUUGACACCCUGAACUACACGCAGUGGUACCCCAUAGUCAUCUUCUUCAACCCGGACAGCAAACACGGCGUUAAGGCAAUGAGACAGCGAGCUAUUCCCAGCUCUAACCGCAGUGCUCGUAAACUCUAUGACCAGGCUCUGAAGCUCAGGAAAACAUGCUCUCACCUUUUCACCGCUAUUAUCGAUCUGAACUCUGCUAACGAUGCCUGGUACGGCAGUUUGAAGGAUACUAUACGAGACCAGCAGACCCACGCUGUGUGGGUUUCUGAGGGGAAGCUGGACGGGACAGAGGGCGACCUUGAUCUCCAUGACGACCGCAUGUCAUAUCUCUCGGCAAUGAGCGCUGACUAUCUUAGCAUGGACAGCCGGCUGACCAGCGACUACGAUGACACGGCGGACGAGGGCGGGGCUUACUUUGAUAACGAAACAGACGAACCGCUCAACCUCCAGCGGGUGUCUGCCAUUAGCCGCUCCUCUGAGCCAGUCAUGCCAGAGGAGAUCUUGAGGAAGUCAAGUCCAGAGAUUCGAGGUCGUAUCCACAGGGUGGGCAGCAGAGAGAUGCUGAAUGAGGCGAGUCCCCCCUUAAUGUCCACCUUCCUGCCUGACCCUGCGAAGGAAAAAAUGCUGUCUCAAGGCGAGGUGCUGCAGCGGCAAUACGACCCCUCUCGAAACUACGACUCUCGUUCAAGCAGCCCCGCGAGCAGCGACCACCCCCGCAGCCAGGACUCUCCGGUAAAAUCCAAGCCCCUGCCACCCCCCACGCCACUCAAACCUACCUUCGCGUCCCACAGUUCCAGAGGCCUACUAAACAGCCCCCCAGUACGGGACAAUGAACCCCUGGAGAAGAGUCAUGAGGAUCCGUCUCAUAGAUCGUUCCUGGGCAAGGUGAAGGCCUUUGAGCAGAUGGAUCACUUCGCUCGGUCACAGAGAGUCCUGGAGCUCCAUGAGGCCCAGAAUGCCAGGUUGGAAAUUGCUCAGAAACAUCCAGACAUCUAUGCUGUCCCCAUGAAAUCUCAAAAACUGGACCACAACAGGCCACAACCUAUUGGCUCCAUUGCUCGACCAGAGCCUCAGACCCCUCCUUGCAAGCUGCCAUACACAGAGAGCCACCUGCUCGGCCCCAGCGAGGAGCCCGGGGAGGAGUUCCGGCGGCAACUGGGCGAGCAGACCAAGCGUGGCUAUUAUACCAACACAAAACAGUAUCAGGACACCGAGCUGUAGCUGAUCCGCCUCAGCUCACUGCACAGCUUCACCAUUCCACUGGGGCUGCAGCCUUACACCAAAACUGCUGCUGACUUGGAAGCCCUUUUGCUUUUAAGUUUCCCACACGUAUAUCUUUCUUUUUCACUUCAAAGAAGUUAAACUUUCUGUCCGUGUGGAUAGGAUCUCAUUCUUUUAUUCUCAACCUUGUUUUUUAUUUUAAUAUACAGUAUUUGCAUCAGUUUUGUUUCCUCUGUUUGAUCCGUGAACCAUACAGUUGCAAUCGAAAUUAUUCAACCCCCCCAAGACAGUAAGGAUUUACAAAGGUAAGCUUUUCUGAUGACCCAGAAUUUUUAAACUUUACAUCUCUAUCAGCUAAGUGACACAUUCAAAGUCAUAGUGUGAAUAUAUAACCUAAUAUUUCUAGAUAGCAGGAUUUUUUUUUAAAUACAGCCAUGUCAUAAUUAUUCAACCCCUGUUGCAUGUAGCUGUUUCUUAAAUAUGUAAAGCUACACAAGUAAUUGUUUAAAACAAAAUUAAGUCAUCAAUCUGCAAUGGCACUUAUUUAAGUUUUAAAAUUUAAGUUUAGCGUUGUAAGCAAAAAUGUAUUUCUAUGCAAAAAAUGCAAUUAAAAAUAAGCUGUCACAAAAGCUAAUAGAGGAGAUUAUUUCAUUACACAAGAAAGGUCAUGGCUAAAAGUACAUUUCCAAGAAACUUUAAUUUCCAAUAGACAAAGUUGGCAGCACCAUUCAUACAUUUUUUAAAUAUGGUACAACAGCAACCUCCUUGGGGUGUGGAAGAAAGCAAAACUUCACCAAGGGAAAUAUUGACCUGAAUAUUCAAGAAGUAAUUAGGAAAGACCUGUGAAGUCCUGGAAGAAGGUUUUAUAGACGUAUGACACUAAACUGAAAAUGAGUUUUAGACCCAUGGGUCAGCAGUACGUCUGAAGUAAGAAAGGCUAGGUGAUGACAAGAAUGACACCAUCCCCACAGUCAAGCAUGGAGGUGGGUCAGUCCUGUUAUGGGAGUGUUUUGCAGCUGCAGGAAACGGCUAUCCUGAUUAUGUGACUGACACCAUGGAUUCUUUUAGGUAUCAGGCCAUUUUGGCAUGAAAAAUGUGAUGCCUUCAGUGUGUAAAUUGAAGCUCGGUGACCACUGGGCUUUCCAGCAAGACAAUAACAGCAAGGAUACAUCCAAGUUGUUCAAAAUCUGGUUCAAGGAUAGGUCGUGGAAUGUCCUUAAAUGGCCCUUUCAGUCCAUCAUUAAAAUCCCAUUGCAAACCUUUGUUGGGAUUUCAAGGAAGCAGUGGCAGCACAGAAACCAAAGAAUGUCAAUGAGCUGGAAGCUUUUGCUCAUGAGAAAUGUGUAAAAAUUCUAAUAGAGAGGUGUCCAAAGCCUGAGAACACUUACCUGAAACAUUUAUUUGCUGUUAUUAAGGAUAAAGGAUGCUCCACAAAUGAUUGACUUUGGGGGUUGAAUAUUUUUGACAUGACAUUUGUGGAGAGAAUUGUUUUUUUUGUUUGUUUUUUUUGGGUAAACUGAACUCUUUGUUCUCAAAAUCACCCAAAUGUUUAUUAAAACUUACUUUGGUUACUGAGGUUUUAGUUGAUGUGUUUUAAUUCACAUCACCAGAAUGUAUUGCUGGUCAGGGGGGUUGAAUUAUUUCGAUUGCAACUCUAUUAUCUUGCCUAUGCAAAUUUUCAGUUUCUGCAAUGCAACUGAAACUUCACGAGUCACUCCAUGAAAACUCCAUGUGUGCUACAAACCAGCUUUUUGUUACUCUUUCUUUUUAUAAGCCUGAUGAAGCAAAACGUCUCUUAAAAAAUCACUCUUUAAGGUUUAUACUGUCUUUGCAUUCCUUCAUUUAUGAUCAUGUGUGUAUAUGAUGUAUAAGACAAUACACUGGAUUUUGUUACAAUGUUUUGAAGUGCCUUUUACUUUAUGAAUAAUGUUGGAGGUGUAAAGGACUUGACAAUCCAGCCCUCUGGACAAUAUUUUGCUGCUUACAGCCCCAAGGAAAAACAGGGAAAAAGUUCACACCAAAACCCUUAAAACCGUAUGCCGUUCACCCGUAAUCCUCAGUGUAGCAACAGCAACGAGAAAUGAAUUGUUUCCAAACGGAGCUUCACAAAUCAGGUUAAUGCUGAUAGGUUUGAGUGAUAACUUGUGUUUGAAUUGCUGUUGUCACAGUUUGUCUUAUUUCAACCACACCACAUUAUGUUUUAAACAUGCUUGAUUGUACUCUAUGUUGGUUUGCUUUACCUCCACAUAUUGGUUCAAAGUGCUUCUAAAACUCGUUGAUGGCUUCCACUAUGUGAGGAUCUCGCGCUGAGAGAAUAUUGACUGGACGUUCAUGUUCAGGUCAACUGUGGCAUUUCACUUUACUACACCAAAUAAAAUAAACUAUAUUGACA